CAGUUACCUCCUAACAGGAUGGCAGCACAGAGACUAUUGCCCUGCAAAUGUCCUUCACGCUUGCUUUGAUGUUCUCGUCAGAUUUUCCUGCUAUUCAAAGAUUCCAUCUUCGACUAUACCGGUCAUUCUCGUUGACUCCAUUUGAGUGAGUUCCUUCUCUUGCUUGAACCUGAAUGUUCAAUGUUGCGUUCUGCUGCUUCAGAGCUUUUACUUACUCAGCACUCAGCACUGAAAUCAAUUGAUUUCUUCAGGGUAACGAUACUAUUAGUGUUCUUUUACACCCAAUCCAUGAUGUUAUCUGCGCUCUCUUUGAUUUUGGCCGUGAGGAUGCGGACGAUGUUGUCCUGUAGCUGGCUCACUUCUCAGCUUCUUUGGAAGUUGCUCCUUGGUUGGGGUAUUCGGGUAUGAAUCACAUUCAUCCCUUUUUUUUUACACUGCAAGCAUAUGAGUAUGUUUCAACAAUGCCUCUUUUCUCCUUGGAAGUUUCAACAUCCAUUAUCUCAGCAACAGUUUGGUCAUGUCCUGACUCCAUGCUACUAGCUAUGAAGACGUUAGCAGGCUAACUUAACUACACACGCUGAAACUUUUUGAUAACUAGCGUUUUUUAUUUUACCUUUAUUUAACUAGGCAAGUCAGUUAAGAACAAAUUCUUAUUUUCAAUGACGGCCUAGGAACAGUGGGUUAACUGCCGGUUCAGGAGCAGAACGACAGAUUUGUACCUUGUCAGCUCGGGGAUUUGAUCUAGCAACCUUUCAGUUACUAGUCCAACACCACUAGGCUACCCUGCCGCCCCAACGUUAGCUUGUUCGUUGGAAAUCUUCAAAAGUUUGAUUAAUUACAGUUUGAUUAAUUAAUUAUUUUUGUGAAAAAACACAUUUCAACUGCAGUCUAACACUAUAAACCUUGUGAGAAAACCCUAAAAUUGAUCCUCAGCUGGAAAUGUCAUGCCGCCAUCUUGAGCAUCCCCCCAAACAGUGUCCAUUGCACAGCAACACUCCGUAUUAUUCGGCCCCAUGAAAUGACACCAUAUAUACAUUCUACAGACCCUACUUAGUAUUCCCCAAAAUACGUUUACUGUGUGUUACUGUGGCACCCAUAAUUUAGUAAUAUAAUAAUAUAUAAUAAUAGUUUUUGCUCUUUAAGUUAAUAUGUGUUACAUAUAAAGUGAUUCAUUUGGGGCAUUUAUUUGAAAACCCAAAUGUAAUGCAAAUGUCACAUAAAUAUAAACAAAUAUGCUUCAUUAAUCUUUAGACAAUUAUUUCCAUAUAUCAUGAAUAGAUACAGGUUAUUGACACCUUUCUAUUAUUACGUAGGGGAGUUUUAUUUUGAAACAUCUCGCUAUUUCGUGAGCCGGAAGUACUUUUUUAGUGUUGCUAAUGGCACGCUGAUUGUUCAGCAAUCGGAAAAAUGGCAGCGCACAGGUGCAAUAUUUUUAUGCUGGUGUUCGUUCUUUGUGGAUUAACAUAUGUGUUUGUUAGAGCGGACAUAGAAGACGCAAAUCAUGUGAAAGAUGCUGAAAGCGUGGCCGUUGAUAUUGCACCGAAGGCGAAUAUAGGCGCGUCACUGCGAUCAACUAAAACCGAGGACCAAACCCAGGCCGCUGAAGAGGAGAGGCAAUGGGAGGCCGAAACGAAUCCCGCAGAUGCCCCAAGCGACAACAAAGCUGACCAUGUCCAUGAUACCAUGCAAAACCUCGACAGUCGUCCAGCACCGUAUGCAAAAUACCAAACCCAAGAGGCAGCGGAAGAGGAGAGGCAAUGGGAGGCUACCGAGGUCAAAGAAGCUGACCAUGUCCCUGACACCAUGCAAACCCCAGACGUCCCUCCACCAACGCCCGCAAAAGAUCAGUUUCAGGAAGAGUUGGUGAUCAGACCAUUGCAUUCUGGGGAUAUCUAUGCCAGCUUCCAGUUCCGCACCAUGUGGGAUACAGACUUCUUACGAGGAAGUAAAGUCUCCCACUACCGACUCUUCCCAAAGUCGCUGGGCCAGGUGAUUUCAAAGUUCUCUGUGCGUGAGCUCCACAUCUCCUUCACUCAGGGCUACUGGAGGACCAUGCAGUGGGGCCAGCCAUUCCUACCAUCGCCCCCUGGUGCUGAACUGUGGGUAUGGUUCCAGGACACUGUCACUGAUGUGGACGGUGCCUGGAAGGAGCUGACCAACGUUCUCUCUGGGAUCUUCUGUGCCUCCCUGAACUUCAUUGACUCCACCAACACGGUGCAGCCCAGUGCCUCCUUCAAACCUCUUGGCUUGGGCAACGUAACAGACCAGCGCUUCCUCCGCUAUGCUGUGUUGCCGCGGGAGAUCGUCUGUACUGAGAACCUGACUCCGUGGAAGAAACUCCUCCCCUGUGGCUCCAAGGCUGGUCUGGCAGUCCUGAUGAAGUCUGAGAAACUCUUCCACAGCAGCUUCCACUCCCAGGCUCUACACUUCAGACCUGUGUGUCAGGACUGGAAGUGCAAAUCCACAGUGUGGGAGCUGAGACAGACACUGAACGUGGUGUUCGACCUGCACACCUCUGGCCAGGGCAAACGAGAGUGGUCCCUGUUCAAGAUGUUCUCUCGCACCCUGACUGAAGCCUGCCCGCUGGCCUCCUCCAGUAAAGUGUACGUGGAUGUCACAGACAACCCUCAGGGAGAGCUGUUUGAGCUGAGCCCAACCACUCCCCUGCUCAGCCAGGCUGUGGUGCUUGGGGACCGGAGAACCUACUCGGUUUAUGACCUCACUAACCAGGCCACGUUCGGACAAACACGCUCCCUCAACAUGCUGCUGCGCUGGCGAGCAGCCGAGAGUGGAGACAUGCUGCGUCCCCUACUGCAUGGAGAGCGCUACGUGGCUGGCUAUGGGCUGCAGACGGGAGAGAUCCACACCCUGAUGUACAACAACCACCCAUACCGGGCCUUCCCCGUGCUCCUGCUAGACACUGUGCCUUGGUACCUGCGCCUCUACAUCCACACGCUCACUGUCACCAGCAAGGGCCGUGACAACAAACCCAGCUACAUUCACUACCAGCCAUCCAAGGACCGCCUUCGGCCCCACCUGCUCGAGAUGCUGGUCCAGCUGCCCCCUAACUCUGUGACCGAGGUGACCAUGCAGUUUGAGAGGGCACUCCUCAAGUGGACCGAGUACACCCCCGACCCCAACCAUGGCUUCUACGUCGGGUCUUCUGUUAUCAGCGCUCUCGUGCCCAGUGUCGUUGCCAUGGAUACCAACAGCACCCGGGAAUGCCCACUUUUCAGCAGCUUUUUCCCCUGUAAAGAGGAGUCCAGUUACUUCAUGCGGGUCUACACGGAGCCCUUGCUGGUGAACCUGCCCACCCCUGACUUCAGCAUGCCCUACAACGUCAUCUGCCUCACUUGCACUGUGGUGGCCGUGGGUUACGGUUCCCUCUACAAUCUCCUGACCCGCACCUUCCAGGUGGAGGAGCCCAGUCCGGGCCUGGCCAAACGGCUAGCCAACAUCAUCCGCAGGCUACGGGGUGUGCCACUGCUGUGAUGAGCCAAAAUGCUAACUUAAACAACAACAACAGCAGAGGUCGGUGGCUACGUCACUUGGGAACUGUGAAUGUAAGUUUCAGAAAGAUAACGCUUUAAGUGCUGGAAGCUUCGACAAAGAAAAUAAAUGACUCCUUAAGUUUGUUUCGUGAAUGAUAAAGGAGUUGAUGAACAAUGAAGUCUCAUGGAUUCGAUGGACGUUAAAGGCUUGUUCUUGCCAGUGAGAAGCAAAAAGGGUGGCCUUUCUUCAGUGCACUACUACUGCUGUUGGUCUAGUUAAACAGAGAAUAAUGUAUUUUUCAUGUUUAAGGCAGGAGCCAAAGUGUUUGCUCCAGGGUUUCAGUAGGGACAGAUGGCUGCAAGAAUCACAGCAAGCUCAUAUUGGUUCCUGGAAAAAGUAAUUGUCUGUUAUAGAUCACUAGGAAGCCAUUGCUCUGAGAUCUGGGGUCGUACGUAUCAAGCGUCUCGAAGUAUGAGUGCUGAUCUAGGAUCGUUGUGUUCUAGAAAACAACUGGUCCUAAUCAGCACUCCUCCUCUGAGACGUUUGGUACAUUUCGGCUACAGAUUCAUCUCUUAAAUCUUUACUGAGAUAAAUAAGGUUUGUGUUUUUAGUUGAUGUUGAAAUGCUAAAUGCACUGACUUACAGAACUUUCAUAAACAGUUGUCUUUUGUUUUGAUACGUGGGAUUUCGUAUCACAUUUGUUCAUUAAUCAUAGAACCAGUCAAAACGUUUGCACUUGUAGAAAACCCCCAAAUCUCUACUGGAAACGACUGUUGAUUUUAACUUGCCUUUGUCCAAAUUUCUGUUUGAAGUUGUAGUGUUCUCUAAUUGGCAUUACCUUUUGGUAAGCCUUUGUAGCACAAAUACCCGACAGACAACAUUUAAAAAGAUGAGUUUGCCAUGCAUUUCUAUUAGGAACUUGACUAAGGCUAAGCACCCUCCAUGCAUUUACUUUUUAACACUGCUCGUUCUUUGUAUAUUAAACUGAGCUUGAUACAUUAAUUUUACUGAACAACAUUCAAAUGUGUGAACAUAUAUUGGGUAACGUUGGGUAUAUUAAAAAAAUACAUCUAUAAAACUG